UCAGACCUUCCAGGGAGCAAGGCUGGCACCAAGCAGCUCUGUAGCACAGCAACAAAGCCUGGCAAUAAGCAUCCGUUCAGCAACUUAGAGCUUGCACAGUGAGUGAGUGGGGGAGCAUGAGCAAUGCAGCAUCUGCAGGUAGAGAGAUGCCUGGGCAUCGGAAGCUCUCGGCAGCAUGCUGAGGAGACGCAACCUGCUGACCACGCUCCUCAUUGCCUUGCCAUGGGCUCUCCUCCUAACCUUGUGGCAUCAGUACCCAACCACCCGCUACCUCAGCCUCCUGAGAAAAGAUACAGAUGAGAAUGUGACCUCUAAAGCUUUUGUCAACGGCACGUCAGCACUGAGAGAGGAAGGCUUCCCGUCAUGCAUUCGGCAGCAGCAGAGCUUGGUGGCAACGCCCAAAGUCAUCCAGAAUUAUGUGUACUCCAGGCCUCCCCCAUGGUCAGACACCUUGCCAAUCAUCUUCGUCAUCACUCCGACCUACACCCGGCCAGUGCAAAAAGCUGAGCUGACUCGAUUAGCCAACACGUUCCUACACGUGCAGAACCUACACUGGGUGGUGGUGGAGGACUCGCCCCGGAGGACCAACCUGGUAUCCAACUUGCUGGAGAAGGCAGGGCUUAACUUCACCCAUCUCAAUGUGGAGACCCCCAAGAGUCUGAAGCUGGGCCUGUCCUGGAUCCCAUCCCACACCCCAAGGGGGACAUUACAGAGGAACCUGGGGCUGCACUGGCUGAGGAACAGCUUCAGCAACUCUGCACCACCAGAAGGGGUAGUGUAUUUUGCAGAUGAUGAUAACACCUACAGCCUCGAGCUCUUUGAAGAGAUGCGCUACACAAGGAGAGUGUCAGUCUGGCCAGUGGCUUUCGUUGGCGGCCUGCGUUAUGAAUCCCCCAAAGUGAGCCCAGCAGGAAAGGUGGUGGGCUGGAAAACCGUCUUUGACCCAAACCGACCCUUUGCUAUUGACAUGGCUGGAUUUGCCAUCAGCAUCAAGCUAAUCUUGGAGAAGCCUCAAGCCAGUUUCAAGUUGGAGGGAGUUAAAGGAGGCUACCAGGAAACCAGUUUGCUGAAGGACCUGGUGACUAUGGAUGGGUUGGAGCCAAAAGCAGCCAACUGCACAAAGGUGCUGGUCUGGCACACAAGAACUGAGAGGCCUACUUUGGUUAAUGAAGGCAAACGUGGAUUUACAGACCCCAGAGUAGAGGUGUAAGCGGAGAACCACACUCAGCUCCAGUGAAGGCACAAGGCA